AUGAUCCUCACGCAGUGCGCCGUCUGCGCCACCGACCUUGGGCUGACCUUGGGCAAGAAAUGCGGCCGCUGCAGCACACGCUACUGUGGGCCCGAAUGCCAGAAACAACACUGGGAGGGCGGCGGCCAUGACAAGCUCUGCAAAUUGAUAAAAAAAGCGGGCGGCGCCGAACAGUACAACGCAAAUAUUAAGUACACGGAGGCUGUCGUAGUCGCGGCGGAGGCGUGCGCGGAGGACACGAAGGGGCAGACGUGCUAUAUCUGCACGCAGGCCCUCCAUUGGAAAACGAAGGAGGGCCUCGUGCGCAUGUGCUCCUGUCGCGGGACGGCGGGCUUCGCGCAUGUAUCGUGUCUCGCGGAGCAGGCGAAGAUUUUGGUUGCGGAAGCCGAGGAGAACAAUUUAGACGACAAGGUCUUGAAUGAGAGGUUUGGGCGGUGGCACACGUGCAGCCUCUGCGAGCAAAUGUACCACAGCGUCGUACGGUGCGCGCUCGGGUGGGCGUGCUGGAAGACAUACGUCGGGCGGCCGGAGACUGACUGGGCUCGGAAAUUCGCGAUGAGCCUGCUUGGGAGCGGUUUAUCCGAGAAUAAUCACCAUGAGGACGCGUUGUCCGUGCAAGAGGCCGAGUUGUCUAUGCGGCGGCGCCUUGGUGAUUCGGAAGACAACAUUCUCGUUGUGCAGGGCAAUCUUGCGACCACCUAUCAACUGCUUGGACGGCUUGAAGAUUCAUUGCGCCUGCGGCAAAAGGUAUACUCCGGAAAUUUGAAGUUCAGUGGCGAAGAAAACGAAGAGACCCUCGUAUCAGCCCUCAACUACGCGGUGUCCCUUGUUAAUCUCGAGCGCUACCAAGAAUCCAGGAAGGUGCUCUGCAAAAUGACCCCUGUGGCGCGGCGUUUUCUUGGAGACUGUAAUGACCUCACGCUUAGGAUGCAGAUAAUGUACGCGACGACGCUCUCCCUAGACGAAGGUGCCACUCUCGACGAUCUCCGCGAAGCCGUGACGACGCUGGAGGAGUUAGAACGGACUGCGCGGCGCGUGUUCGGCAGCGCGUACCCAACCACAAAGGCGAUCGAGCACGCCCUAGAAAUGUCGCGAGAAGCGCUCCGCGCCCAUGAAGGCGACGUCAACUCCCUCCGCGACGCCGUCGAGGCCAUGACGCCGCCGGGGAGCGCCUAAUCAUGCUAGGUAUAUCGAAAACGUAACGUUAGAGAGC